CACCUUUUUGGCUUGUUUUGCGAUGUAAUUUUUGAUCAAUCUGUGUCACUUGAAUGGCUAGCACGUGUUAUUUGCUGCGUAAUUCCUAAUUUGGAGGUUCGCGAGGGUAACAAUAGGGCUGGUUAUUCUGGAGUGAUUCAUGCAGCUCGCAACCUGGCGCUCAAUACAGAACCGCAGGCGCAUGUUAGGAGCCAAGCGAUUCCGACCAUCAUCCUGCCUGGCAUCCGAAUAAUAAUACAUGAAAAUGCGACGUAACACAGUGUAUGAGAGCCCAAGAAAAACAAGGUUUGUGUGGCUGUGGCACUUGUAUUUUGGCGGGCUGUUGAACAUCCCGUAAUACGAACGUAAUACACCCUUGUCUAGGUGCCAAGUCUUGCCCUGUCCAAGCCUUCCCUUAACCCCCCUCCUCUUCCCUCUCUUCUUGGCCGGGACGUCCCUGUCCGCCCACCAUUUCUUGGUGUCUGCGGCUUUUUCUGUUUCACUCCCUUCUCAUUUGAUUUCCUUCCUCUUUCCUCUUAUUCUUAUUAUUACCCUCCCAUUCCCAAGGCCCAACUCCCCAAUUCUUAGACUCUUUGUCCUCCCUUCCUUUUUGCUGUAGAACUGAAUAACGGCUGCCUAAGUUUCGCUGAACAGGCCACCUUUUACUGCGACAGCAUUAUUAAGACAAGGUGACUGAGCUCUUUUGGGAUCGAGCUUGUGAUACUUGCUCCCUCUCGCAGCGUCGAUAUACCAAGCCGUCGAUAUUCAGUCGUAUUUUCUUUCUUUGGUCAUACAGAGUGACGGCGGAACUCCAUUCUGAGUGGCACGAGAGGGGAAAAUAGCUUCAACGAGGAGAAGAAUAACUCUGUUGUCAAUAUCAUUUCGCACGUUCAUGUCCUCCCGUGAAAACCAAGACUCUUCCGCCCCGAUGGCCCAACAACAACAGCAGCAGCAGCAGCAGCCACAACAACCACAGCCGUCCCCUCAACAGCAACCUCAACAACCACCACAGCGUCAGCAGCAUCAGCAACAACAACAACCCCCGCAGCAGCAGCAGCAAGGUCCGCCUCAGCAACAACAGCCGCCUCCAGGACAGGCUCAGCACUCGCCUGCCCAGGCCUCCCAUCCCCCGCUAAACUCGCCCUCGGCGGUGCAGCAAGCUGCUGCCGCCGCAGCGGCGGCUUCCGUUGUUACCCCAGUAUCACUUUCACAGAAUUUGAGUAGUGGCCCAACGCAAGGUGCUGCUGAGAACUUAGUAUGCCAAUGGCAUGGUUGCCAAGACAGGCUUCCCACAGCUGAAGCCCUCUAUGAACACGUCUGUGAACGUCAUGUUGGCCGCAAGAGUACCAAUAACUUGAAUCUAACCUGUGGAUGGGCUAAUUGCCGGACGACUACCGUCAAACGCGACCAUAUUACCUCGCACAUUCGAGUUCAUGUUCCCCUGAAACCUCACAAGUGUGAUUUCUGCGGCAAGGCUUUCAAGCGUCCACAGGAUUUGAAAAAACAUGUAAAGACCCACGCGGACGAUUCUGUCCUAGUAAGAUCCCCAGAACCCGGCCCUGGAGCAAGACCACCAAAUGGAAUGUUUGGUGUCGGUGUUGGCGCAGACGGAAAAUCCCAUUAUUUCGAGGGGUCAUUAGGACCUGUCCCCGGACAAGCGUAUCCGCACGGAGCUGCACAAUAUUAUCCAAAUCCCCACCCACAACACCCUUCCAAUCAGUCGUAUGGAAACGUUUACUAUGCUGUUGGCAGCGAUGCGUCGCAUCAGGCCUCCUAUGAAUCGAAGAAACGAGGAUACGAUGCUUUGAAUGAGUUCUUCGGUGACUUGAAACGCCGUCAGUUCGACCCCAGCUCCUACGCCGCGGUUGGGCAGCGGCUAUUAAACUUGCAUGGCCUGCCCCUUCCACUGGUUAACGGCGGUGCUGUUCCUGAGUACCAGCCGAUGCCAGCCAUGGUUAAUGUCGGCGGCCAUGGUGGCGGCUACCAGCCCGGCCCAAUGCCAGCCCAGUCGUACCAUUUGCCUCCAAUGGGGAACCUUCGCACCAAGGCUGACUUGAUGAACAUUGACCAGUUCCUGGAACAGAUGCAGUCGACCGUUUACGAGAGUGAUGAUCACGUUGCCGCUGCUGGAGUCGCACAGCCAGGUGCCCAUUACAUCCACGGCGGGAUGAGCUACCGGAAUACCGGCUCACCCCCAUCUGCCACACAUAUCCCAUCUAGCCACGCGACGGCUGCAACAUCUGCUCCUAUGAUGAUAUCCUCGACUGCCACCCGUUCCUCACAUAGUAGCACACCCGCUCUUACCCCUCCGUCCAGUGCCCAGUCCUAUACUUCUGGCCGUUCUCCUAUUUCCGUUUCCUCGACGCAUCAUACUGUUCCCCCUUCCCACCAUCCUCAAUCAAGCGCCGCGAUGUAUCCAACACUUCCAGCCACGACAGCCCAGGAAAACUCCACCACGGCUUAUCCAAGUAUUUCAAGUGCAGCGCCGCCGUCGACUCUCAGCAGCGUAUUUGAAAACGAUGACCGUCGCCGAUAUACAGGUGGCAUGCUCCAACGAUCCCAACCGCACUGUGUAUCUGAGUCUUCCCAAAUGUACCUCUCCCCAUCUUCUAAUACCGCACCUGCUAAAUUUUCUACAAAUGUCAUCGACCCAGCACUUCAACCAACAACGAAAACUGGGACACCGUCAGAUCACGACUCUAGCUCCGAACGUGGUAGCCAAAAGCGCGAAAGCACGUCUAGCACGUCUCCGGACGCCGACGAAGCUUCCCGAACUGUAGCUGCCGCCGCUACGGUUGCAAACGCUACGACCGGCAGUGAAACGCAGGGCCACUCGGUAGAGCAGUGGGUAGCCAACGUGCGUCUCCUAGAGAAACUACGGCUGUAUAUAUAUGAACGACUUAGUCGUGGUGAGUAUGAGGAUGAUCCUACUGGUUCUAGUAAUGUCACUACGAAUGAGAUCGACAAUAUUAGGGACAGUCAUGAUGUUAGUGAGAGGAUGGAAGGGAUUGAGCUUGGAGGGAGGGCAUCGUCUUCGCCAUCUGCGUCUAUCGACUCAGAUAGGGAUAUGGGAAGACAUAGGGCUGAACGGCGACAGGAGCGGCAACGGCAAGGGAGCACAGAGCCCAGUAGGGAGAAGGCGGAAAAUGGGGGGAAUCUGUAUCCGGUUCUGAAGGUGGACUUUGAGGAGUCUUGAUUUUCAAGAGUCUUAAAUUAGUUGUUUUUCUUGUUUUCUUCCCAGAUUUUCCUUCGUUGUUUUUCCUUACUUUAUUCUUUUAUAAAUCGAUUCCACCCUGUUCAUUACGCUUCCUCUCUCUCUCACCCUUUCUUACAUUAUCCUUCUUUUCUAUUAUGAUGUUCAACGAUUCCUUCGAGCGGGCUGUCUGGGGCGAGUUUCAUGUCUUUUCACGAUUUUUCUUUUUUUUUUCCCCUUUUAUUUUUUUUAUUUUAUUUUUUUUAUUUUUCCUUCCCAUCUUUAUUUAUCUAACUAUAGUUACUUCUUUCUUAUUUUCAUCAAAUGUAUACUCACCGAGUCACUCCAAUUGCUUUAAGUUUUUCUCGACCUUGAAUCUUCUCCUCAGCAUGCUCCUAUUAACUUUCUCUUUUUUCCUCUCCUCUCAAUUCUGAACCACUACUCUUCACAUUCACAGGCUCUUCACCUAUUGAUUUCGGUAGUUUGUUUUUCAUCUCUUAAUCUAUUUGUUUUUGUUUUUUUAUAUGUUUUUUUAAAGCGACCCACUUUGUGUUUGUUUUCGGUUCGGGAACUUUUACGAUUCUCGGCUCUCCCUUUCCAGUUUUAUAUUAUAUACAUGUAACCCUCUUUAUAGUUCGACGGGGAAGGUUGAUCUGUUAGAAGAUCUUCGUUUUUAAUAAUGACGCGGAGAUUAAGUCAGCGAAGUCUGCCAGGGCCUCUCCAUUCAAUAAGUUCGAAGUAUACAAGUUACAAUUUUGUUAGCUUUUUUUUUGUUUAUUUUAUUUUAUUUUU